AUGGCGAAUGAUCCUACUGCGGCGGCAAUUCAGGACAAUGAUGAGGAAGCUUAUAAUUCUGCCGAAGAUGAAGAUUUCGAGCUAGACGCGGCACCAGACGACUCCGAUUUAUCCUCCGAUGCCGACGAGGCCGCAGAACCCGCAAAGAAGAAGCGAAAGACAACGACUCAAUCACACAAACAAGAAGACAAUGAUCUUGACUCUGGAGAUGAAGCCACAAUCCGAAAAGCGAGGGAGAAGAAGGAGAAGAAGCGCAAAGGAAAGAAGUCCAAAGGCAAACGCGCGCGCGAUAGCGAUGACGAUGAGGACAUUGACAUGGAUGACGACGAUGAGGGAGGAGCCGGAGGAUUCGUGCGAACACGCGCAAUGAAACAGCACAUACGAGAAGAACAAGCAGAGCGCAAACCGUUAGCCAAAAUCGAUGGCGCGACCGUGGAUGUAGAUGCCCUAUGGGAGCAGAUGAACUCCCCUCAAUUCCAAUACGGCCACAAACCACAAGCCCCCAAGGCUAAGAUCGCCCCCGAACCCGAGACUAUCGCACAGGCGAAAGCGCAAGACAAACCCGCCAUAGACACGAUGAAUAAACCGGCCAAUGCGCACGAGGAUCAAAUGAUCAAGAUCAAGCGCACAUAUAAAUUCGCAGGAGAGUGGAUAACCGAGGAGAAGGUGGUGCCCAAACACUCGGCGGAGGCUAAAGCGUUUUUAUCAAGUGGAGAGAAUGUCGAAUACACCGAUGAGGAUGUUGCGGCCGCAAGUGCCACUCUUAAUAUUCGUCGGCCCCUUCGCAAGAUCUCGCGAUUCGACCCAAAUCCGACUGGCACAAUCAAGAAAAGCUGGGAGAAGCAGAUGGUUUCCGAGGACAAAGAUGCACAAGGACCCAAGAUCAACACUGUGGAAAAAUCACGGCUCGACUGGGCUUCGUACGUCGAUAAAGCCGGUAUCAAGGACGAACUUGUCACGCACAGCAAAGCCAAGGAGGGUUACAUGGGUCGUAUGGACUUCUUGGGUCGCAUGGAAGACAAGAGGGAGGACGAAAGGCGGGCUGCACGACUCAAGGGCAUGUGA